AUGAUGGAGGGGAAUACACACGUGGACUCAAACGACAAGGAGAUCUGUGAAAUGCACACAGGAGGAGAAACGCACAUGAAGAAGAGAGUAUUUUACAUUUUGCAAGAAGUACCAUACGCAGAUUUUUACAACUUCAAUUAUGAACCAAUUGAUAAAUUUAGAGAGUCCAGAGAAACGCAGUGCAUCGACGGGGAUACAUCAUCAUCGUCAUGUGAUAAACUUGGUGAUGAUAGGAUAGGAGAAGCGAUCCAUGAGAGAUGUUCUUGCGCAAACCAUCAACAGAGGAGUAAUGUGGAAGACGGACAAAAUAAUCAAUGUGUAAAAUAUUACCAAGGAGGGGAGAAUCCCAAUAUAGACUACCCUCCAGGAGGAGAACCCGGAAAGAACGAAUUGAGUGAAGAAUAUACCGUCGAGAAUAAAUGGGGUAGGAAGGAAAGCCAUCGGAAGAAGAGCCAAAAAAUAAAAAGGAAAAAUGAAUUUCUGAAGCAGUGCGAAUUUAACAGCGAUGGAAGUUGCUACUACACCAUUUCGAAUAGCAACCAUUUGAAACUUUUCGCCACGGAUCUGUCAUUACUAAAUGAGUUAAGUAACGGUAGCAGUAACGGUGGAGAGCAGAAUAUAAACUUAAGGGCACUGCAUGAUAAGUACGAACAAAUGGAUAAUGAGGAGAAGGAGAAAAGGAACGAGAGUUGGAUCUGCCUACAAAUGGAUGAACACAUUUACGAUUGUAAGUUUUACCCAUUUUUUGACUGGAACAAUAGCAACACAUGUUUCUUUGCAGUGUGUUCGAAAGGAAAACCUGUAUGUCUACACAGCGCGUAUGAUGGUUCCGUUAUCAUGUCCUUCAAAACGGUGGAUGAGUGUUACGAGCUGUGUAACUCUUAUUCGUUGUGUUUCCAUCCUGAGAGGAACUGGAUCCUAUGUGGAACCAACGCCAAGUCUAUUAAGGUUUUCGAUUUUGAAAAACCAAAUGAAGUGUAUGAGAAUCGUAUCCUAAGUACAAGAAAAGGGAAAGGACAAAAAGGAAUUAUCUCUACCAUGGCAUAUAAGAGAAAAGGUUACGGAGAAAAUGUAGUUUAUGCUGUUGGAGAUUACAAUGACUGUAUAUACCUCUAUGCAGAUAACUGUGAUCAUAAGAACGAUUUUAUUUUAAAAUUUCAAAAUAAAAAAAAAAAUUCCAAUGGAAUAACAUGUAUAAAGUGGCUAGACGAGUUUUCUCUCCUAAGUGGAAGUCGAAAUGGGUCGUUCAUCUAUCGUUAUGACAUGAGGAAAGAUACAGAGUAUGUGCAGAAAUGGAAGCGAUUUGCCUUAACGAAUCAGAAGUACUUGUUUGAUGUGUAUCAAGAUGUACUUCUCAUCAGUGGAGAUAGCUUUGGCUAUUUAAACCUGUACCACUUGAGAGAACAAAAUGUCAUUUACAAAGAACAAAUUAACAAGUACUCUCCAAUAAUUUCGGUGAAUUUACAUCCUACAUAUCCGCUCCUUUUAACAGGAUCGGGCACGAGACGCUUUUAUGAAAACAACAACAACAAGGUUGAUAUAAUGGCCAGUAUCCUCAGCCCUGGGGUGGAUACAUCAGACCAUAAUCUCCUCGACGAUACGUCUUCUUCGAUUCCCUUUCCAAGUAUGUCCCGGUAUGUAAACAGCGUGUGCACAAUUUGGUGCGAUUUUGUCUACUGA